AUGCCCGAGCGAAACACAGGAGGAGAAGGAGCUGCUGGAGCUCGAAGGAGGAGAUCUAGCAGUAUCCUCCAGGUCUACCACGAGCCUCCGGAGACCCUCGAGCAAAUCAGUGAUCAGGCUUCUCUGCCUAAUCUCAACGCCAACUGGACAAAUGCCAAAGGUGCCUGGACCAUCCAUCUUGUCCUGAUUCUCUCUGCCAAAAUUAUCUUCGACGCGAUCCCUGGUGUCUCACAGGAGACUUCAUGGACCCUUACCAACAUGUCCUACAUGUUCGGUUCCUACAUCAUGUUCCACCAUGUCCGCGGUGUUCCUUUCGAUUUCAACAGUGGCGCUUUCGACAACCUCAACAUGUGGGAGCAAAUUGAUAACGGGGCGCAAUACACACCAACCAAGAAGUUCCUUCUUAGUGUCCCAAUCGCCCUUUUCCUUGUCAGCACCCACUACACACAUUACGACUUGACAUACUUUACUAUUAACUUGCUGGCUGUCUUGGGAGUCGUUAUCCCUAAGCUACCUUUUGUGUGUUACCACUCCCCCAUGUUUCUAUUGGGUCCCGCUUUGAAUCCAAAGCGCUUCUCCUCUAUUACGCAAUCAAUAUACUUUCAUAUGGAACUUAUUACUGACUUUCCGCAGAGCCACCGAAUGCGUUUCGGUCUAUUCUCAGGUAUUCCGGAGGAAUAA